AUUAAUGGCGGACAUCUCCACCUAACAUAAACUGACCGCAGCGAAGUGAAUUGAAGUAUUGAACUGAAACUGGACUUGUCAAUUCAGUAUCUACCAAUGGAUCUGAAUUAUCUAUUCAACUCCCUUUCUCCCUCAUGGACUUCGGCUGCUAUGUUACUCUCAUUUUUUCUUUAUUUAGCUACCGUUGGAUCUAUUUUACCCGGAAAACUUGUUCCUGGGGUGACUUUAUCUGAUGGAACUCGCCUCCAUUACCGUUGCAAUGGUUUGUUAUCACUUCUGUUGUUUGUUUUGCUUCUUGGAGUUGGGGCACAGAUGAAUCUUGUUUCACCUACUGCAAUAGCAGACAGAGGGCUUGAGCUUUUGUCCACAACAUUUAUCUUUAGUGUUCUUGUGACAUUGUUGCUUUAUUUGGCUGGCUGCAACUCACGUGAGAAGAGUUCGUCACUGAAACCUCAUGUCUCAGGAAAUCUAAUUGAUGACUGGUGGUUUGGGAUACAACUAAAUCCAAAUUUCAUUGGCAUUGAUCUCAAAUUUUUCUUUGUUAGAGCUGGUAUGAUGGGAUGGUUACUUAUCAAUCUUUCAGUUCUUGCAAAAUGUAUUCUAGAGGCCAAAUUGAGCCAAUCAAUGAUUCUCUACCAGCUAUUUUGUGGGCUGUACAUCCUUGAUUACUUCUUCUAUGAAGAGUUCAUGACCUCCACAUGGGAUAUAAUAGCAGAGAGGUUGGGCUUCAUGCUGGUUUUUGGUGAUCUAGUCUUUAUACCGUUCACCUUCAGUAUUCAGGGUUGGUGGCUUUUGAGUAACAAAGUGGAGCUAACAACAGCAGCAGUAAUUGCCAAUUGCCUCGUCUUUCUUAUUGGGUACUUAGUGUUCAGAGGUGCCAACAAGCAGAAGCAUAUGUUUAAAAAGAAUCCCAAGGCACCCAUAUGGGGUAAGCCUCCAAAAGUUAUUGGGGGGAAGUUGCUCGCUUCUGGCUAUUGGGGCAUUGCUCGACACUGUAAUUACCUUGGAGAUUUGUUGCUGGCAUUGUCAUUUAGUUUGCCUUGUGGGAUAAGUUCCGCGGUUCCAUACUUUUACCCCAUAUACCUUCUUAUUCUGCUAAUAUGGAGGGAGAGAAGGGAUGAAGCUCGAUGUGCAGAGAAGUACAAAGACGUGUGGACAGAAUACCGUAAACUUGUUCCUUAUAGGAUCUUACCUUAUGUUUACUAGCUAAACUGUUUGUCCAUGUGGCUGUGCAUUACCACCAAGCAGGAAAAGAGACAAGCGCAGGAAAGGAUAUUAAAUCAAAAUGGGGCUAUCGCCCUAUCUAAGCAGCUUUCUCCUCCGGAAGUAAUCUUUUUAUCUAUUUCAGUGGAUGAGCAUCGAAUAUUUGUUGUAGCUGCGUGCAAGAUUAUUCAAUGAUCUCCUGAACCAGCUUGUACACUUGAUGUACUUUAUAAUGGCAGGCUUUAGAUUAAAAACUAUGUGCUUCUUGUAAUAAAUGCCAACCAUGAAAGUACUUCACAUUGUUUGUGAUUUUGGCUCCUGAUAAGAAUCCUUUUGGAA